AUGGCCUGGCGCCGCCAGGAUGGAGCUUGGGGCAAGCGCUGGAACAGCUGGGCGGGAAAUGGAAACGGACAUGGGAAGGGAGCUGAAGGAGGGCGCGAUGCAGCCAACAAGCAAUACGUGGUGUGCGACGUCUGCAGCAAGUGGAAGUGGCUGGCGCGCGCGAGGAAGGACCCGCUGCGCAGGUGCGGCAACCGCCUACUCCAGGGCGACGAGCCAGGCAACGGCGUCGACAGUGGCGCAUCGGCACCUGGAGAUCCCCAGUUGCAGAAGAUCCCGGGGGCGCUCCAAGGGCUGCCCGGACCACCGCGGCUUGCGAAGUUCAAGGAGCAGUACCUUGCAGCAUGCACCUCGCCUGAGCGCGAGGCGGAGCCCGACGCCGCCCCCGCUUUGUCCCACGACGUCGGCUUGGCCAAGAGGGCCUUGCAGCGAGCCACGAUGCACAAGAAGGAGUGCCAGAACAAGGUGGACCAGCUCAAGGAGCAGCCCGCCCAGGCCGAGGCGAACCUGGACGUGGCCGCCUCGCAGGGGCAGGCCGCCAAGCAGGGGGCGGCGAAGAAGUCGCAGCAGUGGGCGGAGCUCGCCAGCACCGACGGCGCCAAGUUCAUUGUCAUCGAGGACGAGUCCCUCGCGCCACAGGGCCAGCAGGCCUUGCAGGCCUUCCUGGCGCAGCACCCGCAGAUCGCCGCCAAGUACGGUCAGAGG